AUGAAGAGUCCCAAGUUUGCUCCACCCAUCGAGUUUGUCGAUCAGGCCACGCUUAGUCCUCCCGAGGGCUACAAGGACGGCAGUGGGCUGUUGGACAAUGCGCUCGGCGGCGCCCUCGGUGGGCACGUCUUCGGUGCACAACACAUUCAGCAGCUCCAAGUUAUCCAGCGGCUACAGCAGCAACGGGCGGCCAUGUUGGCCGCUCGGGCUGCUGCCGGUCAGCAGGGACAACAAACGGGCGGCGGCACUCAGACCUCCCAAACUGGCACCGCCGGUGGUGGCGGUGGGGGAGGAGGAGUAGGUGGCGGCGGUGGUGGUGGGGCAGGACAAACAGCUCAGCAGCAGCAGCAACAGCAGCAGCAGCAACAACAACAACAGCAGCAGCAACAACAGCAGCAGCAGCAGACCGUUUGUACCGAAUGUGCCGAGUGUGCGGAAUGUGCCGCCAAGCAGUUGCAUGAUGAAGAAUGCGAUUCGCAAUGUUCGGACGACAUUUCGCCCACGAUGGAAGCCCCGCUGCCGCCUCAUGCGACCCUCCCGAUAGCGCUGGUGCCCCUGCAGAAAUCCUCCCCGGAGCGGAGAAUAACCCAGAAGGAAAUCAUCGCCGGGGAGGAACGGCCUAAAUUUCUCACCAUCAAACAGGUGCAGGACGCCUCACAGGUGACAUCGGGCAACGAGACCGGUUCCACAGCAGUGCCUCCUUUAGCUGCUGGUGCCAAUCCGAACGACCUCCGGACGCUGCAGCAGCAGAAACAGUUGCAGCAACAGAAGCAGCAGUCGGGAACCGGGUCAGAUCCUGGCUCACAGCAGCAACAGCAACCCACUGUCAAUAGUCAUUAUGAAAUAGGAAAACACAAACCAUUAAGCACGGCACAGGCAAUUAGUGGCAUUCUGAAAGGUGGCAAACUGUGGAAAAAUGAACAACAACAACAUCAGCAGCAGCAACAGCAGCAGCAUUCACAGCAACAAAACCAAAAGGCACAGCAGCAAUCACAACAGCAACAGCACCAGCUUCAGCAGCAGCAGCAGCAACACAAUCAACAAGCACAGCAGUCGGCUCAGAACGAUGACUCGACCAACGUCACAUCGGACGAGGAAACCAGUUCGAAGCGAUCGGUUCGCUUUAACGAAGAAUCUACCAUCCGGGAGGCGUGCUGCGACGGAGAAGUCCAAUCCGGGCUUGGCGAAGGUGAAAUGGGAUCCGGCAAACCGAUCAACUACAUGUCCGAUACGCUCAAACGGCACUCGUCCGGUCUGUUCCACAAUGCUCUGCGGCCCAACUCGGCCGUUCGGCAGUUGUUCCCUACGGCGGCAAGCGCCAUGACGACGGCCACCACGACCAUGGCUACGGGUGCGAUGAUGGCCACGGUCAAUACGACCAAUGCCAACACCACGGCCGGCAAUCCGACGGCACUAACUCAGGAGGCACUGAAGGCAUUUGACGACUCGAAGAAGGCCUCACUGGUCCAUCAGCACAGCAUCACCAGCAAUAGCAGUAGUAAUAACAUCAACCCCAGCAGUGUCGUCGGUGGAGGCGGAAGCGGCUCGGUGGUGAAUUCCACCACCGGUGGAAGUCCUGGAGGAGGCGGAGGUGAAACCGAUACCAUCCGGAGGACAAUCGAAAGGAAUACUCUGCGCCGGUCGCUCAUCAAAUAUGAACCAAAGAAAAAGAUCCCGGUCAAGGACGUCACCUCGCUGGAGGAACGCAUCCGACAGCUAACGUGCGACAUCGAUGAUCCCAUCGACGAGGGGCCCGACGGUGACCAGAUGAACGAUGGUGACCUCAACGAAAUGGAACGACGGGACAGCCCGGCCGGAGAGGAGAAUCCCCAGCAACCGAAGUACAUUCCAGACAAGAGCUUCUCGCCGAGUUCGUCCGCCUCGAGUUCAUCGAGUGGCUCCAAUGGUUCCACCUACAAGAAAAUAACCGAUCUGUUCCAUCGGGAUCGGCGGCAUGACAAAAUCCCGGAGGCAGACGAGAAUCCGAUUGUGAUCAUUCCGCAGGACUGUCGCUGUCCGGCUGGUCCUGACAUUGGAAUGGGGGUUCAGAUCCAAGGCGCUCACACACAAAUCCACCAACCACCGCAACAGCGCCAAGCUGACUCGCGAAGGCAGUUCCUUUCGACGCUAGCUCCUCUAACGGCAUGCGUUGCUGGUCAACGCGAUGAUCUGUCGUACUACACGCUGGCUCAUCCCGGCGAUAGGAAUUCGAUGGGCAGUUCCCAGUGCACCGAGUACAGUUUAGGGGACAUUGAUGCCGCCUUGCACGAUGACGAUGGUAAGAAGGUGGCACCGGAUGUUAUUGCCGGAACACCUGGCCAGGAAUCGGACGAAUUGGCCGCUUUUGUACAGCAAGAGGGAGCUCGAACGGAACGACUGAAGAAACGGUACAGUGCGGAGACGUCCACUUCGGCACCGGCUUCUGGGGCCGGAUCGGAUGACGACGAGCACAAUGACUACGGAUUCAACUCACGGCCGACGGUACGAGGCAUCAAGCCGAGAUUUGGUUCUACGAAUGAAAUACUUCAACAGAUGCAAGCUCAACUGGCAACUCCAACGCCACCUCAGGCAAAAUCUCAAACCAGUGUGGCUCCAACGCAAACCGUUCAGUCGAACACGCUUCCGCGGCCUCACACGGCCAAUAGCAUGCAAUUGGCAGCAGCCAAGCAGCAGAUCACCACUCAUCAACACACCGCCUCCUGGAGUUACUACCCGGUUGAAAGUGCGCAGCCCAAAGCUGUAGCGGCCGUAGCAGCGGCUGCUACAACAGGAACCAAUAUGGUCACUGCCGUCGAUCCACACGGCAACUACUAUCACAUCCCAGCUCAAGCACGCCAUAGCUAUCAUGGUCAGGAGGCUAUCUAUCAGAACUGUGCUCAACUGCCAGCUGGCAACAUCCAGGCCAAUACGGUUCACGUUCAAUCCCAGCAAAUCCACACUCAACAUCACGCUGUGCACACGGCUCAUCACAUACACCAUCAAGCGAAUCAAGCGGCCUACGGUAAGUUUGCGCGGAGCCCUACGCGUAGACCAGAAUCUCCGCCUCCGCUGCGAAACUACCACCAAACUAUGGUGCUGAUCCCGUACAACGCAGAAACCUACGAACAGUACACGGCUCAAGAACAGGAGAACUACCGCCGGCAGCACAAUAUUGUUGAGUAUCAACAGGUUACCCAGCAAACCAUCCGGGUACCAGUAGGCUAUCCACUCCCGGGAAUGCAGCUACAUGUAGUUGCCGGUCGAGGUACUCUGCCGCCGCACUACUCCACUCUACCGCGGUUGGGAUCAAAUUCCAAUGCAUCUACAGCCACGACCGCUACUUCCGGCCCCAACGGUCCCAAUGCUCCCAAUGCCCCACAGGGUAAACCACCAGCCUACACGCAAUACCCCUUGGACAAAGGUGGUGUUAAGUUCAGCGAACGAGGUGCUCCUGAAGGGGCGGCCAGCGUUCAACCAAGCGAUUCCAACAACUUACUAUCACCAACAUCCCAGGGUCAUGGGCCACCGACAGCUGCAGGAGGUCCCCCGACCUCCGCUGGAGGUUCCAUGCAAUCUGGCAGCACUGCCCAGAAUACUGCCGCUUCCCAGGGUCAGGGAGCCGUAUUCUACGCGAUGAACGUCUGACACGGUGAUUAGAUAAAUGUCACGAUACGAAUUGAACCACAGUCGUCCACUGAGGAGGAGGAGAAUAAUCGCUGGCUAGCGGCGACGACAGCGGAGGAUGGAGAUAGUUUUAGGAUCAACGAUAACCUCUGUCUAGUGGCUGCAGCAGUGCCAUCAUGUGGCAUGGAAUAAUGCAAUGGUGUCGGCGAAAACAACGAUUACUGUCAAGGUUUGUGUCAACGGGACAUUAGGGCUGCAAAGGUUCGGGCGUUCAAGGUACGCGCGCUCUGGGGAAUGCUCAAAGCUCUAUUGCUCGUGUAAUAUUUGUAUUCUAUAGUGCUAGGGGUAUGAAUAAUUGGCUAGGAAACCGAAGCUGAAAUACCAAAAAAAAAACCAAAUACGUGGAUUGUACAUAGGCGUAGAAUCUCAACAAAAACUCGACUGAAACAGUCGCCAUCGCUUGGAUGCAAAAAAAAAGCACCGUUUAACUCUCUAGUUUAUCGAAUUAUUCGGAUGAAACGUAAUUGUUGAAAACGAAGCGCGUUAUCUUCUACAUGAAAUUUAUGUUAAGCUAUUGAAAAUCCUGUACAUAUGGUUUUAUCUAAAAUGUCGGCCUAUUCCUCGGAGGAAUGUUAAAAAAAAUCACAUGCAACAUUUAGUUUCCUAGGGAUGGAAAUUUUCCAUCGGAUUUAUAUUUCUAUAUGUUUGAAGCGAUCCUAUGCCCUGAUCGCUGGCAAUUUUUCUUUUCUUUAAUUUUUACAAAUCUUUGAAGCAAUGCAAACAAUGGCAUUUGUUCGAACUGACAUUGAGUAACGAUUGGUGAGCGUCACAUGAAACUUUCUCUGAAUGAACAGACUUGUGUUUGCAAUGACUAAAAUGUGGCAGGCAAAAGUUUUGUGGUAAGGGAUGGGCCAUUUCGGAAAUCUUGUUGGUAUCUUCGAUUUACAAAUUGAAAAUUUUCUUUAAAUUGAAGGUCUUCUUCUUAUUUUUUUUUAUUAAAGAGACUUUCAGCAAUCGGCUGGCUUAAUUAAUGGAACUGCUCUGAAUUUCACUGACCUUUCACAUCCCUGAAAAUAUUGAAACUGCGUAAAGAUCUUUAAGCAUCACUGAAGUUAUAAGGGCUUCUCUGAAGAUCUCGGAACUUCGAUGAAGUUUUCGGAUAUUCCCUGAGAUUGAUGGAACCUCUGCAAAGUUCCUGAAAUUUCCUUGAAGUUGAUUGAGCUGUCCUGAGGUCCUCCUUGAUGUUAUCGAAGCUACCCUGGAAUUUCAUAAAAUUCCUGGAAUCUCAUAAAGUUUCUCAAAAUUUGCCUGAAGCUCAUGGUGCUAUCCUGAAUUUAUUACAUUGCAAUUAUUUUAUUAGUAUUUCAGCCGUAGACUGGUUCGUCUCUGAAAACUCAUGAGGGGUGCCCCUAUAGGUACCGGGUAUAAAAAUAAUGGGGACUCCAGAAGGAAGCACCCUUAGCUAUAGAGAUAAGCAAGAGGUGGAACCCAAUAACGAGUCCUUUUAGUUA